AUGCCGGGUAAUUUUUACUUUGUCUUUGAGUUGAUUGGGUUACUUACUACAAGAAACGAUAACACGGGAAAGUGUACUUCCCCUCCCCCUGUUCCAAAUCAAAGCUAUAAUGUGGCAGCGCAUACGGAUAUUAAGCCCGAAAAUAUAGUUCUUGUCGACGAUCAAAUGACAGUUGUUACCGAUAUUAGUCCAGACGGUGCUUUUUAUAAUAAAAUCAAGAUAAUCGAUCUUGAGGAUUCUGUCACAGGCCCUCGUAACAUUCAUUUUGUUCCUGGUACAAUUGGUUAUCGUGCACCAGAAGUAUAUGGUGGUGUUGGCUGGAGCUUCCCUGUGGACGUCUUUGCAAUUGGCUGCUUAACAUUUGAAAUUUUCACUGGUUUGUCAUUGUUUCCGAAGACCGAUGAUAUUCGGGAGUAUUUUUUCUGUCUGGAGAGGCUUGCGGGGCAAUUUACCCCGAGUCAAGCUCAGGAUGUUAGCGAUAUGCACCCUGCAGUAUUCCGUACUAAAACCAAGGUUCCGAAGGUCCGUGGUGCUGCGAUCAAUACCAAAGUUCGCAACAAGUUGUUGCGGCAUGUGGCAGACGUCAAAUGGUUCAAAAAUGAAUUCAAAACAUUCCUUGUUCGUGGUAGUAUUAUGUCUGUUCAACACGCUCAAGGCGAUAUUCCCUCAUUUCGGCUGUUGGAUGAACAAGAACUUCAGGCGCAGCACGAGAGCGAUUUUAUAUUUGUCGCGCAGAGGCGGGCGUUCACUGCCUUUCUAAACUCUUUUGGUAAGAGUGUAACCAAACGACCCGUUCGUCUACGCUUCGCGCCUUAUUCUGUUGCGUUGAAUACAUUCCAUGGAGAUAAUCCAAGUAACAAUAAACAAGGACGUGAUUUCUGUGUGUCGUCUACACAAUCUAAAAGUGUGAAUCCCAAUCUAUCUCUUCCCUCUGAUACAGUUUUUCCUGUAUUCAGUAAGGAUAAUGGGAAUGCACGCGACACGUUAUCGCAGACUACCAAAAUAAACACAAAGCCCGUCCUCGGUUCACUAUCGACAGCUUCGAACCCAGAGAUCCAAUUUUUUACAGCCACAUCACCGGAGCUAGAGCACCCCUUGCCGAACUAUUACGGUUUUGCCAUAAAUCUGGGUCAGUUAUUCAUUCUGAGGGUACCUACCUCAACCGUCCCAGAGCACCCAACGAAGAAGGCUUGUGCCGAUCUAUGCAUUUCAAUGGCCCUGUUGAUACAGACGUUACCAGAGUCGCCAAAGACCUGGUGA